UUUUUAAUUCGUUCUUAGUUUCUGUAAAUAAUGGACGCAUUUGAAAGUUGUUAUCAAUGGUAUAGUAAACAUUAAGAGAUAGACGAACGCUAUAAUCCUAUGAAAGAUGAAAGGCGAGGGACAGAAUAUAUAUGUUUACCUCAAAACACAAGAUUCCUUUCCAACAAAAGACAGAAAAUCCCCAGGAACAGUACAAAAUCAUGAAACAUUUUUAUCAACUGCCUUGGAUUUCGAGGGUUUCAAUUUAAGGAAAUUUGAUACGUGUUCAUGCGAUGACUAUGAUUAUAUUUUGAUUUGUGUACUGUUAAUAUGUUUGACAGUAACAAAGUCUACAUAUUUCAGUCCUCCCACGUAAAGGUACACAUUGCAAAGUUAUUUCAAUAUUGAGCUUUUGUUCCGAUACAGAUUUGUCGCAAUUAAAUAUCGUGAUUUUGACAAAGUGUUGAUACGUGUGUCCUUCUUGAUAUAUUUUAUUUUUCAAAUACUACUGCAGAUUUUAUUUGAAAAAUAAAAUGUCAGUGAGGACACUUGUAACCAGUCUUUAAAAGAAAUAAAUUGAAAUAUCAAUAAAUACAUGUAAUGGUACCAUGAAUAUUCUAUGAUUUCGAAUUGUUGGUGUAAUUUUAUGCCUUGGAAACUUUAGAAGUGUUUUUUUAAUAAGUUGAAUUUUGAAAUAAAAUGUUAAAUCAUAAAUUAAUAUUAUUAAGAAUACUUAAGUCAUUAAUUGUCAAUUUUUCAAAAUGUUAUGUUUGUGGCAAGUGGAUAACCUUGCGGCCAAUCAAAAGACGUAAAUAUCGAAUCUAUUAAACGUCUCGAGCGAAGCGACGUCUAUACUUUCAACGUCACAAACACGGGAGAGACGUCUUCGUUUACACAAACAUCGAUGACGUCAGUCUAUUGUCAUCAGUCAUGAUGUUAUGGGAGCUUUAGCAACAAGAAGCAAAUGUUUACGAUAUGAGCCUUGAACCUGAACCUAAAAAACGUAAAAUGGAACCGCACAUUGGAGGCGAUAAUGGAACUUUACAGAACGAAGCGUCCUCCAAGUCCGUUCACAACGUGGCGUCUCAGUCUGCAAGCGGUGAUUUCGGGGCGGACGACCUUCAUCAGUAUGUUAUAGCCUUGCCAGGAGACGAAGGGGUAUCGAACCCAGCCAACUACGAGAUAGUUCGUCAAGGAUGCGCCCUCGGAGACGAGUGGGUCCAGGCCUACCCCCCGCCACUGAGUUCGUAUCCAGCUCGGGUCAUCAAAACUGGAAACACUUUCUACGACAGUUUCGUUCACAAUAUCACCAAAGUGACGGGGCUACGGCCGCUAAAGACGCUCGCUAGGGGGAGGUCUGGAGCAAUUAUUCUGGCACAAGAUCUACAUAAAAUCAACCAUUAUAAAGAGAGUGAGUAUAUUCCGGUGGUCUUAAAACUGAACUCAUCAAAACCAAGAAGGAAAGCCAAAGUCACUGUCAAAACAGAUAUGGAGGACGAAAUGAAGAUCUUGAAAGAGCUUGAACAUUGCAACAUAGUGUCUUGGAUCAGUAACAUCAGCUAUCAUGGCCGUUUUGGUAUUGUAAUGGAAUUUUGCGAAAACGGCAACUUGGAGCAGCUACUGCGUCUGCAUGAUGCACGCUUUCUGACAGAACCCGUAUGUAGGAAAUACUUCAAAAAUAUCUUUGAUGGUCUGGAAUACGUUCAUCUACAAAACAUAGCCCAUAGAGAUAUUUGUACUCAAAACAUCUUUAUAACCUCCAAGAACACGUUAAAGAUCGGCGAUUUCGGACACGCCGUGUAUUUUUUCACCGGUGACCCUCUACUUCAAGAGGAGUGUGGAACUGUUGGGUUCCAAGCACCUGAAAUGGUCAACAAAGAGCCUUACAACCCCAGGUAUGCCGAUAUCUGGUCCUUGGGGUGCACUUUGUACCUCAUGUCCACCGGGCGGCUUCCUCUAGGGGUCGUCCCAAGUGACAUCAAAGAAAGAGCUUCUAAAGAAAUCCAGUUUCCCGACAAACGAGUCCUCAACAUCUCCAUGCAGCUCAAAGAAGUCGUCCGAGGGGCUCUGGCCGCCAACCCCAGUCUGCGCUUCACUCUGAACCGUAUCAAGCACGCCGAUUGGAUGAGGGACUCCAAAAGUAAUGUUCAGAUCGGAAACUUCCAUUUGAUCCGGCAGCCUCGCAAAAUCCGGGAAGGGGAGGUCGAACAGGUGCUAAAGAAGCGAUAUGAGAUUUAAUUACAGAGUCUGUUUUUCAGAACCAGCCAAUCAUGUGUCACAUUUUGACUUGUGUCUUUCGAUGCUAUUGGAAAAUAAUAAAUAAUAAUCACAGAACAUCAUUUUACAAACAGGGAAAAAGAAAACUCUUUAAAAACAGUGUUCGAACAUUUUUUCGGUCCUUUUUUUUAUUUAUGUAGCUUUUUUUUAAACAAUCGCAUAAUCACGCUUAUUAAAUUUAUUUGUUUUGUUUUGUUUUUUAAAUUUUCUUAUUCAUCAAUAAUAAAACAGUUGAUACAUGGAUAUUUUUCUCAUAUAGU